GCCGUGUGUGUGUGCGUCUCGCGCCGGCUGCGGGACGGGGCGCUGCUUCUGAUUCAGGUCUGGGGGAUUUAACGCGUUUUUCUGGUCUGGUUUUUGGACUGCUAGAUCAAGAUGGCGACCCUAGGCCCAGCCAUGCUUUUGUCUUUUUUCUCCUGCUUCUUCUUAUUAGCCGCUGCGAUUAAACCCAGGAUCUUUGAACCCAGGAUUUUUGACAAGGAGGCCACUGGCUUUGGGCCUAUAUUUGAGGAAGAGCCUCUGGACACUGUGUACGCGGAGGAUUCACCUGAAAACAAAAUAUCUAUGAACUGCAGGGUGCGCGCAAACCCACCGGCCAUUAUCAAGUGGUGGUUGAACAACUGGCAAAUUAAGCUGAUGGAGCAGCCGGAUGAGCAUUUCAGUCUGGUUGGAGGAAACCUGGUCAUUACAAACCCAGACAAAAGCAAGCAUGCUGGGAAAUAUGUAUGUGUGGCCAAAAACGUGUACGGCACCGUCAUGAGCAAAGAGGCCAACGUCAAGUUUGGAUAUUUGAACCAGUUUCCCACAGAUGAGAGAGAGCCGGUAAAUGUGAAGGAAGGACAGGGAGCUGUUCUGCUGUGUACACCUCCCUCUCGCUAUCCAGAUGAGGUGAUGUUCCGCUGGAUCUACAAUGACUUCCCCAACUUCAUCAUCCCAGAUCAGCGGCGAUUUGUCUCUCAAAGCACCGGGAAUCUGUACAUCGCUAAAGUUGAGCCGUCUGAUGUCGGCAAUUAUUCCUGUUUUGUGUCGAGCCCCACCAUCGGCAAGAGUGUUUUCAGCAUGCCCAUAGCUCUGAUUCCACAGAUAGAGAAGGAAGUGAAGCGAUAUCCUGCUGAUAUCCGUGUGAAAUUUCCUAAGACGUAUGCUUUGGUGCACCAGAACAUCACUCUGGAGUGCUUUGCCCUUGGAAAUCCUCUUCCACACAUCCGCUGGAGGAAGUUAGACGCUGAUCUCCCGCCCAACUAUGAGGUUAGCAUGAAUGGAGCUUUACUUCACCUGAUCAACGUCCAGUACGAGGAUGAGGGGAGUUACGAGUGUGAGACGCUCAAUGUGAAAGGGAUGGACUGGUAUCGACAGUGGCUCUAUGUUGAAGGUCCUCCAGAGUGGGCGGAGCACAUCAAUGACACAGAGAAAGAUGUCGGGAGUGAACUCACUCUCAGAUGUGUUGCUGUGGGGAAGCCAAUACCAUGGAUACGUUGGCUAAAAGAUGGAUAUUCGUAUGGCAAAGGGGAACUCAAGUUUUCCAGUCUCACAUUUGAGGAUUCUGGCAUGUAUCAGUGCAUUGCUGAGAACGAAUGGGGAACCAUCUACGCCAAUGCAGAGCUUCGGGUCGUCUCCUGUGCACCGACGUUCAUAUAUAACCCAGUGAAGAAGAUUCUGCUUGGGGCUGAAAAUGGACGUGUGGUCAUAGAGUGCAAUCCUCGUGCUGCUCCCAAACCUAGAUUCAUCUGGAAACGAGGCUCGGAGCUCCUGAGCAACUCCUCAAGGAUAUUCGUUUGGGACGAUGGAAGUCUGGAGAUUCUGAAUGCAUCAAAAAGUGACGAGGGCUCAUACACCUGCUAUGCUGAGAAUGACCGCGGCAAAUCUAACAGCACCGGGACCCUCACUAUCACUGAGGCCACCAAGAUCACAGUUGGUCCAUCAAACUCUGAGGCAGCUGUAGGCGACACUAUAGUUCUCCAAUGCUCUGCAUCGUAUGAUCCCAGUCUGGACGUCACCUUCAUCUGGACUGUCGAUUCAUACAUCAUUAACUUCUACACAGACUUUGAACACUAUGAGCUAGACAUGGUUAAUGAGAACAGCGGAGAUCUGCUGAUCAAGAACAUUCAGAUUAGACAUGCAGGACACUAUAUCUGCACAGCUCAGACUAUAGUGGACAACGCCACCGCAGAAGCUGAUGUUUUUGUCAGAGGUUUGCCUGGUCCUCCAGGUGGCGUCCGUGUGGAAGAAAUUGGCGACACGUCAGUAAAAAUACGAUGGUGUCUAGGAUCAGAUCACGGUAGUCCUCUCGUCCAGCACAUCGUGCAAACAAGAGACUUUUACGCCCUAGAUCCUGAAGACUGGAAAACCGCAACUACCAUUCCUGUGUUUCUGAACGGAUCUAUAGAGUCGGCCACUGUGGUUGAUCUUUACCCCUGGAUGCAAUAUGAAUUCAGAGUGCAUGCCAUCAAUGAAUUCGGAGCUGGCGAAAACAGCCGUCCGUCUAUUAAAAUCAAGACAUGGGAUGCCAGGCCAACAGUAGCUCCUUCUGAUGUCAUUGGACAAGUGGGAAUAAGUGGAGAGUUAAUCGUGACUUGGAAUCCUGUGAAACCUCAGUUUUUCUUUGGGAAAAAGUUUGGCUAUGUUGUGGCGUUUAAGCAACAUGAGGAUUAUGAGUGGAAAUGGUCAACCGUGGAGGAUCCCGAGACCAGACGUUAUGUGUACAAAGAGAGCAUGACACCAGAUACUGAGAUACAGAUCAAAGUCAGCACCUUCAAUAACAAAGGAGAAGGACCUGCAAGUCUUAUAUCAGUGGUCUACUCACCAAGAAUAGCACCAACUGAAGCUCCACUAGAUGUGUAUGCCCGUCAGGUCACCUCCACUGAGGCUUUAGUCUGGUGGUUACCAGUCUACCAGGCACCCCCAAUGUGGGUCGACGGAUACCAGAUUCGCUACUGGAGAAAAUAUGAUGAUAAUGAAGCUGCUGCAUCUCGAGUUAUUGUUCACAGAACGGUAAACCAAACCCGUCUGGAAAACAUGAGACCAGAUUCACAUUACCUUAUAGAGGUGCGAGCGUUUAAUGGUGCAGGACUGGGACCACCAAGCGAACACUGUGAAAUGUUUACCAGGAGACCCCCCCCAAGCCGCCGUUUGAGAGUUUACAAAUAUGUCAGCUUUACACGCAAAUGGCUGUAUCUGUAUUGGGAUCACAUCUAUAACUACUGGAAUGAGUCUUAUGUGGAGGGGUACAAGAUUUUGUUCCGGAAGGAAGGUGAGCGUUAUGGGAAGCUUUACACCACCGGCAGGCACUACAUUGACUUCCCCAUGCCAGAAACCGGUGAUUACGUCAUAGAGCUGCGAGCUCGCUGUGAGGGAGGAGAUGGACCUAUUUCACAGAUCAGAGUACAGGGUAAAGCAACCAUGGGUGUUGAAUCUGCCAGUGUGGUCUCUGUGCUGCUGCUGGCUCUGGCCUGGACCACUUUAGGCCUGUAGGCAAAAAUAAGACUGUCAAGACUUGCAAAAUCCUCCCGAGAUGAAAAACAUAAAGUCCGAACAGGAUGAUCUCAUGGUGCAGAUGAAGUUUGUUUGA